AAGGCAUUUGUUUUUUCAAUUACGAAAGAUGGCAAAUAGGAUCCGUGCUGCCUUGUUCGCAAUAAUCUAUAAGAAGAAUCUUAGGCUUUCAAGCCAAUCAAAGCAAGGCAACACGAGUGGGGAGAACAUUAAUUUGAUGACGGUUGAUGUUGAGAGGACUGGAUUUUUUAGUUGGUACUUGCAUGAUAUAUGGAGGGUACCUGUUCAGAUUGUUCUAGCAUUGUUGAUCUUGUACAAGAACCUUGGCUACGCUUCACUUGUAUCUUUUAUUGCCACAAUAAUUUUGAUGUUAGCAAAUGUUCCAUUGGGAAAACUACAAGAGAAAAUUCAGGGGGAAUUGAUGGAAUCAAAGGAUCAAAGGAUGAAGGUGACAUCCGAGGCGUUGAGGAAUAUGAGGAUUCUCAAGCUCCAGGGCUGGGAGAUGAAAUUCUUGGCUAAGAUAAUUAAGCUUAGGAAUUUUGAAACGAAAUGGUUAAAGAAGUUACUUUAUACAUCAGCUAUGACUACCUUUGCCUUCUCAUCUGCUCCCAUGUUUGUAUCCAUGGUUACUUUUGGAUUCUGUGUACUUAUGGGAAUUCAGCUAGACUCAGGGAAGAUUCUAUCUGCACUUGUAACAUUUGAAAUAUUGCAAGAGCCCAUUUAUAGUCUCCCAGACACAAUUACGAUGGUAGUUCAGAUUAAAGUCUCUCUUGACAGGAUAACCUCAUUCCUCUGCCUUGAUGAUCUUCAACAAAAUAUAGUACAAAAGCUUCCAAGAGAUAGUGCCAAAGUUGCAGUUGAAAUAGUAAAUGGGAAUUUCUCUUGGGACCUUCAUUCCCCUAAUCUCACAUUAAAAGAUAUUAAUUUUCGAGUGUAUAAUGGUAUGAAAGUGGUUGUUUGUGGUUCUGUUGGGUCAGGAAAGUCAAGUUUACUUUCAUGCAUAUUGGGAGAAGUGUCAAAAGUAUCUGGAGCUAUUAUGUUGAAGGGAACAAAGGCCUAUGUUGCACAAUUACCUUGGAUACAGAGUGGCAAGAUAGUAGACAAUAUAUUAUUUGGUAAGGAGAUGGACAAGGAAAGAUAUGAGAUGAUCCUUGAAGCAUGUUCAUUGAAGAAGGACCUAGAAUUAUUUGCUUUCGGAGACCAAACUAUCAUAGGGGAGAGAGGGAUCAACCUAAGUGGUGGACAAAAGCAAAGAAUCCAGAUUGCACGUGCUUUGUACCAUGAUGCUGAUAUUUAUCUACUUGAUGAUCCUUUUAGUGCUGUGGAUGCUCACACAGGAACUCAUCUAUUUAAGGAGUGCUUGUUGGGAAUUUUGAGUUCGAAAACAGUAAUUUAUGUUACCCACCAAGUAGAGUUUUUUCCUUCUGCUGAUCUUAUCCUGGUGAUGAGAGAUGGAAAGAUUACUCAAGUAGGAAAGUAUGAAGAAAUUCUUAAUUCAGGAACUGAUUUUAUGGAAUUGGUGGGUGUACAUAAGAAAGCUUUGGCAGAACUUAAUUCUAUCGAACAUGGGGAUGAUAAUUUAAUUAAUGGCGAUGAAGAUGGUAAUAUGUUGUGUAGCAAGAAGUCUAUUGAAGAUGAUGAGGUAACGGAACCCAAAAACUACGAAACACAAAAAAUGGUUGGCUCAAAAGAGCAGCUUGUCCAAGAAGAAAAGAGAGAAAAAGGUGGAGUUAGUCCUUCAGUCUACUGGAAGUAUGUUACGGCUGCAUAUAAAGGGGCUUUUGUACCACUGAUAUUGUUGGCACAAAUUCUUUUUGAGCUUCUCCAAGUAGUCAGUAGUUAUUGGAUGGUAUUGGCAACUCCUUUUUUAGAGGAUGUAAGAUCGCAUUUUAACGGAUCCACUCUCAUCUUUAUUUAUAUUGCUUUGACGCUUGGAAGCUCUCUUUGUACACUUAUAAGGUCCAUGCUCAUUGUAACUGUUGGAUACAAGACAUCCACUCUACUCUUCAACAAAAUGCAUUUGUGCAUUUUCCGUGCUCCCAUGCUAUUUUUUGAUUCUACUCCGAGUGGAAGGAUUCUAAAUCGGGCGUCCAUAGAUCAAAGUGCAGUUGAUAUUUCUAUUCCACAUAAAUUUGAAGAAGUUCUUAUCUCAAUCAUAGGAUUCUUGGGAACUAUUGCAGUAAUGUCACAGGUUGCAUGGAAAAUGUUGAUAGUUUUUAUUCCGAUGACCGUUGCAUGCAUUUGGUACCAGCAAUACUACAUAUCUGCAGCACGAGAACUAUCACGACUGGUUGGAGUAUGCCAGGCUCCAAUUAUACAACAUUUUGCUGAAUCUAGUUUAGGUUCAACCACAAUCAGGUGCUUCGAUCAAGAAGAGAAAUUUAUAGACACAAAUCUCAAACUGGUGGAUAGGUAUUUACGACCCAAGUUUCAUUUCUCUGGUGCAUUGGAAUGGUUAUGCUUCCGAAUGGAUAUGUUGGCGUCCAUCACAUAUGCCAUCUUUUUGGUCUUCUUAAUCUUAGUGCCUAAGGGAGUACUCAAUCCUGGUGUUAUGGGUUUAGCAGUCACAUAUGGCCUUAGUUUCAGUAUGCAUGGGCUCAUAUGGGAUCUUUGUGGUCUAGAGAGCAAAAUCAUAUCUAUUGAGAGAAUACUACAAUAUACAUGCAUCCCUAGUGAACCUCCUCUGAUAGUAGAAGAAAAUAGGCCAAGUCAUGAAUGGCCCUCACAAGGAGAAGUUCGUCUUGUUGAUCUACAUGUCCGAUAUGCUUCACAUCUUCCUCUUGUAUUACGAGGUCUCACAUGCACUUUCCCUGGAGGGAUUAAGAUUGGCAUCGUUGGGCGAACGGGAAGUGGUAAAUCAACUUUCGUACAAGCUCUCUUCCACAUGCUUGAACCUGUAGCUGGUCAAAUUUGGAUAGAUGGUGUCAACAUAUUCAAGAUUGGCCUUCAUGACUUGCGUUCAAGAUUGAGCAUCAUCCCGCAAGACCCAACAAUGUUUGAGGGGACUUUAAGAAGCAAUCUUGACCCACUUGAAGAGUACACUGAUGAACAAAUCUGGGAGGCUUUAGAUAAAUGCCAACUUGGUGAUGAAGUUAGAAAGAAGGAAGGGAAGCUUGAUUCUUCAGUGACCGAGAAUGGAGAGAAUUGGAGCAUGGGUCAAAGGCAACUAGUUUGUUUAGGGCGAGCAUUACUCAAGAGGAGCAAAGUCUUAAUACUUGAUGAAGCUACUGCAUCAGUGGAUACUAUGACUGACUAUCUAAUUCAGCAAACGCUAACGCAACACUUCUCAGGGUCUACUGUCAUCACAAUUGCACAUAGGAUAACAUCAAUUCUUGAUAUUGAUAUGGUUCUCCUUCUUGAUAAUGGUCUUAUAUUGGAGUAUGAUUCCCCAGCCAAAUUGCUAGAGAUCAAGUCCUCAUCAUUUGCUAAGCUUGUUAAGGAGUAUACUCGAAGAUGUAGCUCCUAGUUUUUGACAGACUAAUGAGUGGUCAAAUGUAA